AUGAAAUUCCCGGGCUCGGUGCUGGCGUCCGUGUUCCUGUUCGUGGCCGAGACGACGGCGGCGCUGUACCUGAGCAGCACCUACCGCUCGGGCGGGGACGGCAUGUGGCAGGCGCUGACGCUGCUCUUCUCACUGCUGCCCUGCGCUCUUGUGCAGCUCACGCUCCUCUUCGUGCACCGCGACUUCAGCCGCGACCGGCCUCUCGUGCUGCUGCUGCACCUGCUACAGCUCGGGCCCCUCUUCAGGUGUUUUGAAGUCUUCUGCAUCUAUUGUCAGUCAGGCCACAUCGAAGAGCCUUAUGUCAGCAUCACCAAGAAGCGACAGAUGCCAAAAAAUGGCCUCUCAGAGGAAAUUGAGAAGGAAGUGGGCCAGGCAGAGGGCAAGCUAUUCACCCACAGAUCUGCAUUCAGCCGAGCAUCAGUGAUUCAGGCUUUCCUGGGCUCAGCCCCCCAGCUGACCCUGCAGCUGUAUAUAAGCAUCCUGCAGCAGGACGUCACUGUUGGAAGAUGUCUCUUCAUGGUCCUCUCCCUAUUGUCCAUUGUAUACGGAGCCUUGCGCUGUAACAUCCUAGCCAUCAAGAUCAAAUACGAUGAAUAUGAUGUCAAAGUGAAGCCCCUGGCCUAUGUCUGUAUCUUCCUCUGGAGGAGCUUUGAGAUUGCCACUCGAGUCAUUGUCCUGGUCCUCUUUACCUCUGUCCUGAAGGCCUGGGUGAUAAUAGACAUACUCAUCAACUUCCUCACCUUCCUCUUCUACCCCUGGAUCCUCUUCUGGUGCAGUGGCUCCCCCUUCCCUGAGAACAUCGAGAAGGCCCUCAGUCGGGUGGGCACCACCAUCGUGCUGUGCUUCCUCACCUUACUCUACGCCGGGAUCAACAUGUUCUGCUGGUCAGCGGUGCAGCUGAAAAUCAACAGCCCCGACCUCAUCAGCAAGUCCCAGAACUGGUACCGGCUACUGGUGUACUACAUGUUGAGAUUCAUCGAGAACGCCUUCCUCCUCCUCAUGUGGUAUCUUUACAAGACUGACGUCUAUAUGUAUGUGUGCGCACCCCUGCUGAUCCUGCAGUUGCUCAUCGGGUACUGCACGGCCAUUCUCUUCAUGAUCGUGUUCUACCAGUUCUUCCACCCUUGCAAAAAGCUCUUUUCCUCUAGUGUUUCUGAAAGCUUUCAGGAGUGGCUAAAGUGUGCUUGCUGUCACUGCAGGCGGCAGAAAUCCUGUGAGUCUGCAGAAAAGACAGAUCUAAGGUCACCCACAGACAGAGAGGAAACCCCUUCUAGCAGUAAAAUAAGUUCUGUGCCCAGCCAGAUCUUGAAUGCUGAUGAGCUCUUUUCUGCUUAA